GCCUAUGUACUUUUUACCAAUACCAUGUAUUUUUUAAUUUGUGUUAAUCUAAUAUUCAGAUGAUAUUGAAAUUAAUACACAAUUUACACUCAUAAGUAGGACAAAGAUGUUAUGGAGGACAAGUCCAUCUCGAAUAAGACGCCAGUAUGGCAAAACUGUGUGCAUUGCCCAAACCUGCUGUUCAAUACUGCCACGGAAUUCGAAAGACAUAUUCAAGAAAAACACAGUAUUAAAGAAGGGACUAUUAUAUUAUGCCAAUAUGGACAAAAUGGCAUAUGUUCAGCUUUACAAUUUGGAGAUUUAAGAAAAGCAGGAUUCAAAUAUCAUGUAAGACAACACCAUAUUUAUAAAACUAACACGAAUGAUGAUUGGACGUUUUAUUCAUCGUCGCAAAAUCUUCCUGCGGUUUUAAAUGAUCCAAACAGAGGCAAACAAAGUAAUUUUUUUACUAAAACAUGGGGUGAUGGUUUUAUAGAUAAAGUAGAAAUUUAUCCUAGUCCAUAUUUACCAGAAAUAACCUUAUUACAUUUUGAGUCAUAUUGUAAGAAAAUUUCUAGAAGAUACAGAAGACACUGUCAACUCAAAGAAAAUUUACCAAGCAAAACUAAGACACCUGUUAUUGAAAAUGUUUGUGAAGUACCGAAUAUAUUCUUUGAACAGUCUUUAGCACUGAAUGACCCAAAGAUUUUCUGUAAAGUUUUUCCUAGCCUUUCCAAUACGCAAGAUAUUAAUUCUACUAUUAGAUCACUGCAAGAAACAUUAAGUACUUAUCUUGAUGUUGUAGAAAUGAAAAUAUCAAAACAAGUUGCACAGAAAUCAGAUGCUUUUUUUCACGCUAUGCUUUCACACGACACUAUAAUGGAACAAAUGGCUAGAGCUGUUCGGACAGUUCAACAUACAAGGAAAGACAUUAAGAGUGUUAAAGAAAACCUAAGUGAAAGUGCGUUACAAUUAAUCAGCCUGACAAGGAUAAAUCGAAAUCUCAAUAAUGUCCAUGAUCUAUUAAAAUUAAUGGGUACAGUUCAGCAAACGCAACCAAUGAUUCAGCUUCUUCUUAGUACGUCUGACUAUGUGGCAGCUCUCGACCUGAUUAGCUCUACUCAAAAAGUAUUAUUGACACGUUUGUCCAGUAUUCAAGCUUUUCGUCAUUUAUCUCCACAAUUAACAGAAAUGAAAAGGUUAAUACAUAAGAUGUUAAGCAAUGAAUUUUCAAGAUUCAUUGUAUCAGAUCUCAAUAGACCUCCUAAAGACCAAACAGUUUUACCAGAGAGGGAUAAAGUAGUGUCUAUUGUAUCAGGUAUUCUGCGUUUAAAGGAAUUUGAUUUUCUUGAAAUUUUCAAAACUGAGGCAAUGACUUCUAUACAAGCUACAAUUAAACAAUGUCUUAUAGAAAUAAUAUCUGAGAGGGAUGGAAGUACAGAAAUUGUACUCAGAGGUUCAAAUACAGAUACAUGGCUUCUUUGUAAUGAAGGAAUAACAUUUCUUCAAAAGGUUACACCUAAUUUAGUAAAUUUAUUUAAAAGGAUUUUAUCCAUAAGCAAUUUAAUACUAGAUAUAAGCCAAAUGGGUGAUAUAGUGGGAAAUGAAAAUGAAGAAAUAUGGACGCAAGAUGAACUGAUCUUUAUUGAAGAAAAAGUAAAAAAAGUAAUUAUUUCCCUUUCUGACUACUGUAAUGAAAGGUGUGCCAAUCUAAUAGUCACAAAGACUGAUAAAGAACAUGCAUUAACCGAUUUAUCACAGCUAUCCACAUUAUCUGAUUUAAUUGAAAAAUUUUCAAAAGAAUGUGAACAGAUGACUGGGCAUUAUAGUAGUGCAAUGAAAUUGGCAUUAAGAAGUUUUGCUAUGAAAUAUAUACAAAACUUGCAUUCAGAACGAAGAUCGCAACUGACCGCUGCACUCAAUGCUGAAAGAUGGAAAAUGGCUGAUGUACCAUGUGAACUACAGAGUGUUAUUAGUAAAAUAAGUGAAAUGGAUGAGAUACCUCUAAUACUUCAGUACGAAAGUGGUAAACCAGAUGGAAAAUAUUUAGUUAUAAAUAAAGAAAAUUAUGCUAUAGUUUCUACAGUGCAGCUGUUAAUCAAAAUUUUACUAGAGUACUGUGAUGCUACUAAACAAUCACCAGAUAUUGUUCAAUACAUGGUACACUGCAUGUUGGAACUGAUUAGAUUGUAUAAUUCUAGGUGCUGUCAGCUCGUCUUAGGUGCUGGAGCCAUACAAAGUGCAGGCUUAAAAACAAUUUCCACAUCAAACUUGGCUUUAGUGUCUAGGUCUUUACAAGUUAUACUUUGGCUUCUACCUUUAAUUCUGAAAUUAUUAGAGAAAAUACACUCAAAGGAGUUGCCAUUAAAUGGUUUCAGCAGUUUAGAAAGUGAUAUAACUGGACAUAAGAAAGAAAUUGAAAGUAAAAUUUGCUUUAUAGUUAGUAAUAUGCUAUGUUCGCAAUUAAGUGGUUGGGAAGCCAAGCCACCAGUUCCUUCACAGACAUUCCGGAAUAUAUCUAAGCACUUAGUAAAACUUCAUGAAGCUCUUAUUGAUAUUUUGCCACAAGAACAAAUAAGUAAUAUAUAUAUGAAAGUACAUGUUAACUUUAAAGACAAACUGAGAGAACAAUUAGUAAAAAUGAAUAUAGUUGCAAAUGGAAGUCCUCAACAUGGUGUUGUAACCUCAGAAUUAACUUUUUACUUACAAACUCUUAAAACUCUUAGAGUUAUUAACGAAAACGAUUCUGAGGAUAAUAUAUUAUAUGAUAUCUGGCUAAAUUAAGUAACUAAUAGAUAUAUUCAAAUGAUAGCGUUUUAUAUGGAAGAAUGUGUUAACUUGUGAAAGGCCAUUUAUUGUAGUUUGAUGAACACAUUUACCUCUACCUACUAUUAAAUACAAUCCAAGCAAAUUGUGUA